AUGUCUUCUGGCUCUUCUAUCCUCACUAACCUCGUACCGUCGCUCAACGGCGAGAACUAUACACUCUUCUCGCAGCAGUUCGAGGCCUACCUUAUGCAGCAGGGCCAGUUCCCUGAAAAGGCCAAGGACUCGCAAGUCCGUGGCGCUCUUCUUCUGCACUGCAUCCCUGCUAUCUCAAACAAGCUUCGCGAGGAAACCUGCGCUUUCAAUAUGUGGGUUUAUCUCAAGAAUGAGUACGGCACGUCUGGCACUGCCGGUGUCUACAAUGUCUUUCUCCAGUUCCUCUACGCCACCAUCCCUUCCAAGGGUAACCCGCUUCAGGCUGUUGAGCGCAUUGACCAACACGUUUGUCGCAUGGCUGAGCUCGGUGUUGAGAUACCGAAGUUCAUUCACGCCAUGGUAUUGCUCUCCAAGCUCCCUUCGUACAUGAAGUUUGUCCAGCAGCUCUCGCAGGACAAGGAGCUCGAUGACAUGGACCCUGAUGAGAUUAAGUCUUGGGCCAUGAAUGCAUACCAGGCUGAGUACGGUGGGGACAACACCAAGCAGCGCACUCGCAAGCACGGUCGUGGCCGUGGUCGUGGUCGUGGUGGCUUCGGCAACAACAACAACUCGCGCGAGGCUAAUGAGUACCAAGGCAACCAUUUCCUUAGCCAUAUGGCUCACCUCGACGCUAUUCCAGAGCCGCGCGUCUUCAACACCACAAACAACCCUGAGGAGCCUCGUCUCUCUCUCUCGAGUGUAUAUUCUUCUGGGCCACUUCACAAGCCCUCGAAGACCACUUUCCAUCCCAUCCUCUCCAAGACCGUUAAGCUCGCAGAGCGACUUGGUGUCUCUGGGACCGCUGAAACUCUUCGCAUCCUAGAUGGUGCUAUCGAUCGUCCUGAGGCAUCCAUCCGUGAAGUUACUCCGGAUGUAUAUGCUAACCUCUCCAACGAGGCGCCCUACGGCACUGAGAACCGCGAUGACGAAGCGAUUGAGGAUACGCGCGCCAAACAAGCGCCGCCAUACUACGCCUAUCCUCCUUCAGCGCUUCGAGGACAACAACUGCUAGGGGCUCACUAG